AUGGAGUCCAACCAGGAAUCCUCACUCUUCCUGGUGAAGAUACUGGAGGAGCUGGACACAAAGCAGAAUACUGUUUCUUACCAGGAUCUCUGCAAGUCCCUGUGUGCAAGGUUUGAUUUAUCCCAGUUGGCCAAGCUCAGAAGCGUGCUGUUUUACACUGCUUGCCUGGAUCCUAAUUUCCCAGCGACUUUGUUCAAAGACAAAAUGAGAUGCACUGUAAACAAUCAGCAAUCAAAGAAAAUCAUGGUUGCAGCAGAUAUAGUAACGAUAUUCAACCUCAUACAAAUGAACGGGGGAGUGGCCAAGGAGAAGCUUCCAGUUGCAAGGCACAAAGUGAAGAAGAAGGAGUCCUUCGAGUCCUGCAGGUCUGACACAGAGAUCUGCAAUAUGGCAGACUGUGUGCCUGACUGCGUGCCCAACUGUGAGCUCAACGACCAGGACUUUAACCGGGCCUUUCCUGUCAGAAGGUCUUCAAAAUGCAGAAAGAUGGACUGCAAAGACUGCCAGCAGUUUGUCCCCUCAUCAGAACCCAACUUCUUGCUUGGUGUUAAUAAGGACAUGAAGGGCCGGACUGCCUCUCUGGACAGGCUGCAGGCACUGGCAUCCUACUCCAUUGCCACGUCCCCACCAUGUGAGAUGCAGAGUACCUACUUCCCCAUGAACAUUGAAAAUGAAUCUAUUUCAGACCAGGAUUCCUUGCCUAUAAGUGCAGGCUUAAAAGAAACUUUCAUUUCAAAUGAUGAGCCGUUCAUGAUGCAGUCGUGUGUCCAGAAAAGAAAUAUAUUCAAAGAAGAUUUUCAUAAUCUGAUUACAAUAUCUCCCAAUUUAAUACCAUCCAACAAAGCACCAGAAGAUGGGCACCGAGAGCCUCAGAACAGGAAAGAAAGCUCUAAGCAGACUUUCUUCAACCACAGCUUUGAAAUGCCAUACAGCAGCCAGUACUUGAAUCCAAUUUAUUCUCCUAUACCGGACAAAAGGCGAGUGAAGCAUGAAAGUUUAGAUGAUCUUCAGGCUUCAACAUAUUUUGGCCCAACUACUGUUCUUGGACCACAGGAAACCAAAAAGUGGACUGGAAAGCCAACCAAGCAAACUGCCUGGCCAGCUAAAAGCUGGAGUUUAAAUACUGAGGAGGUCCCUGACUUUGAACGCUCAUUUUUUAAUAGGAAGCAGUCUGAAGAGAAACCACGAUACCAGAGUUCGAGCAACCCAUCUCCAAACUUUCCUUCAGUUGACAGGCAUCAGUCCUACCUAAAUGCAAAGGAUCAGCAACCAAUUAUGCAGGCAAACUAUGCUGUGAAACCCAACGGGCAUAAACCUAAGGAAAUUCCUUCCAUUCUAGAUGUGGAGAAACAUGAGCCAGUCAAAAAGUUUAAGGAUAAAAGCAUUAACUGUACUUCUGUGCAGAUCUUAAGCAUUGACAGGACCAUGAGUGUUGGGACACAAACAGAGCAGCAGGUUCUGGAGCACAAGAAAUGCAAAGAUUUGUGUGCAGCAGGCCAAGCCAAGUACGGCGAGCGGCACUCUCUGAAGCAGUCAGAUGAUGACUCUGAAAUCGUGAGCGAUGACAUCAGUGACAUUUUCAGGUUUUUGGAUGACAUGAGUAUCAGCGGGUCCACGGGAGUGAUGCAGUCCUCAUGCUACAACAGCACUGGUUCCUUGUCUCAGGUGCAUAAAUCAGACUGUGAGAGCUCACCUGAGCACAAUUUGACUAAGAUCUCCAAUGGGAGUGCCUGUAACAAACUGGAUAAAGUGGUCAGGGCAGAUGUGAGUAACACAGAUGAUGAACUGAAAACGAGUGUCUGCAAAUUAGUCUUGAGGAUUGGUGAAAUAGAGAAGAAACUGGAAUCUCUCUCAGGUGUCCGAGAAGAAAUCUCUCAAGUCCUGGGAAAAUUAAGCAAGCUGGAUCAAAAAAUCCAGCAGCCAGAGAAGGUCAGUGUACAAAUAGAUCUCAACUCUUUGACAAGCGAUGCCGCGUCAGAUGAGAGCAACUCCCCGCAGAUAUUUCAGUGCCACAAUACUCCUCAUGGAGGCAAACUGGAGAAUAAUCCAGAAUGGUGCUGUUCAGAUGCCAGUGGAAGUAAUAGUGAGAGUCUUCGAGUAAAAGCCUUAAAAAAAAGUUUGUUUACUAGGAGAUCAUCAAGAUCACUAACAGAAGAAAACAGUGCGACCGAAUCCAAAAUAGCAAGUAUUUCAAACUCUCCCCGAGACUGGAGAGCUAUUACUUACACCAACCAAGUUGGCAUUACAGAGGAGGAAGUGAAAGAGAGAGAUGGAGGAGAAAAUAAGGACUGGCACAGGAAAUCUAAGGAGGCAGACAGGCAAUAUGAAAUCCCACAGCCACAUAGACUCUCUAAACAGCCAAAAGACGCUUUCUUGAUUGAACAAGUCUUUAGUCCUCAUCCCUACCCUGCAUCACUCAAGUCACACAUGAAAAGCAACCCUCUCUACACAGACAUGAGGUUGACAGAGCUGGCUGAAGUGAAACGUGCCCAGCCAUCAUGGACCAUAGAGGAAUACACGAGGAAUUCGGGGGAUAAAGGCAAGAUUGCCGCCUUGGAUCUACAAACUCAAGAAUCUUUAAACCCAAACAACUUAGAGUACUGGAUGGAAGACAUUUACACUCCUGGCUACGAUUCCUUGCUGAAACGGAAAGAAGCCGAGUUCAGGAGGGCAAAGGUUUGCAAGAUCGCUGCCCUGAUCGCGGCGGCCGCUUGCACGGUUAUCCUGGUCAUCGUGGUGCCCAUCUGCACCAUGAAAUCCUGA